GAGGCGUCAAACACGGGGUUAGAGACAUAGGGACAACUGGAUUUCACAACUGGAUUACAAUGAAGUCAGAGCUCUGAAGGUGCUUACACGGAUAACAGUGACCUUUACUAGCUGUAUUUUCCAGUUUCUAUUCUUUAUGUAUUGCAUUUUGUUUCACUUAUGACACUGUGUUUUAUUUAUUUAUUUUUUAUGAGAAACUGGCAUUGUAUUCACACUUUGGCUGGUGAAUGAGUUUACAUGUUCACUUCAGGUGGAGCACUGUGGGAUAAGACUAGCUGUGUUCUUCUAAAACAUUUCCCGUCUGUCUCAUGAACUUUGGGCAUCAGCCUUUCCAUGAUCCUUUUUGUCUUAAUUGGGUGUCCUUAAUUUUGCCAUGACUUCCAAGAUAGUGAACUCUAACUCUACACCAGGAAAGCCCAGCACAAUGAACAACCUCCCAGACUGCACCGGUGCCGGCUUGGAUCUCAUUCAGAAUCACAUUGAGUUUCUGAGUAGUAAGAUGGACAGACUCAUAAACAUCCAAGAGAAGGUCCUCAACAGGCUGGAUGGAAUGUCUCAGAACAUUGAUGGUAUAGAAAGGGAUGUGGAAACUCUGAAGGUAGAUAAGGAGGAGAUCCAUAUUCCUGCCAAAGCCCUAACUCUACCCCCGGCCCUGACUGAGACACAGGGCAAGGUAGUGGUUGGAGAAGUGAAGGAGAUGUGUCAGGAGAUGAGCUCUAUCAUGACUGCAUUAGACCAGCGCUCAGAGAAGCAGGCUGAAAAGCUGGAUGGGAUGGAAAAGCUGGUCCUCAGCAUCCAGCAAGUCAUCAGAUUUAUCGGAGAGAAUGUGAAGAGCUCCCGGGUUAUGGAACUGAUGUUAAUGGGUCCUUCAGCACGCAAGGCCAAAGACAGUAAGAAGAGUGACAAGAAAACUACCUCUGCUAAAGCCAGUAAAGGGACUCAAGGGUUGAUAAGCCCUGCAUGUGAACCCAGACCCAGCAGCACCCCGGAGACCACUCACAGUAACAUCACAGCAAAAGUCCACGGACCAAAACAUUUGCUUGCAUCCCGCAGAUUCUGUGUAAACUUUCUGAAAGACCACAAGGGAAAGGAGGGGAAGGAGAAGUCUCGUCUGAACCCCAAGGGUCCGAAAACACAGAAGAAGAAGCCCCCAGACACAGCAGAUUCACUGAAGAAGCAGGCAUUACUGCAGGGGAAGGUUCAGAACCUAAACAGGGAGAAUGCAGAGAGAUCAUCUUCUGGUCAACUGCAGCUCACCACUGAGGACCUGGAAGCUGGAUCUGGUGGGGCCUCAGAGGAGUCAGGGUCAACGCAGGCCUUGGACUUCAUCCUUGAGGGCCCCGAGGCCCACAUUGCCAAUGAAGAGUUAUUGUCUGAUGAACAAGAGAGGGGAGCAGCCGAAGAUGAAUUUAAAGUGGAGAAGAUGACGGAAGAGGAGGCUAUAAAGGAGAAAGAAGAGCCUUUCAGUAAUUCCAAGGAGGUAGAUCAUGAGGAGCAGUUGAAAAUCACUGAAGAUGGAGGAGUGCUAGAGAGCGAGGGGGAGAAAGAGGAGGACACUCUAGACUCAUCAGAAGCUGAUGACAUGUCAGUUAAGGAUCUCCCUCCUCUCCCUCCCUCCCCAGAAGCUCCAGGGGAGACAGGCUUCCUUUUAGACAGUUUUGAAGAUCACAACAAAAGUGGCCCCUCUCCAUCUCUGGAGGAAACAGAAAAUGACCAGGUGAAAGAGAGCAACACCACCAGUAAGCGUAGGGUGACGGAGGAAGACCUGAAAGUUGAGGACCACAAGAAGAGUCGAGUAGAAGGAGGAGAAGAAGAGGUGGAAGGAAAGGAAGAGAAAGAGAUGCCAGAGGAUGAGGAUGAGAAACGGGGCAUCAUCAAAGUAGACCGAGUGGAUAUCUGUGUGGAGCUGAAAGAAAAGCUGGGCAAAGAGACGCUGUGUAUGGUUGCAGAAGAUACACAGUCUACUGGGGAACAGUUCUUCAUUGACAAAAGCCCUCCUCCUCCAGCUCCAUUCAACCAUCGGAUAGUGUCGGCCAAACCCAACCAGAUCAACAACUUCUACACCAUCAACAGAACUGAGGUUCUAGGAGGGGGUCGUUUUGGCCAAGUGCACAAAUGCAUGGAAAACUCCUCCGGUCUUACCCUGGCUGCCAAAAUCAUCAAAGCCCGGAGUGAUAAAGAGAAGGAGAUUGUCAAGAAUGAGAUUACAGUUAUGAACCAUCUGGACCAUACCAACCUGAUCCAGCUCUACGCCGCCUAUGAGUCAAGGAACGACAUUAUCCUGGUCCUGGAAUAUGUGGAUGGAGGGGAGCUUUUUGACCGGAUCAUUGAUGAGAACUACACACUUAUGGAACUGGACACAGUCGUAUUCAUCAGGCAGAUCUGUGAGGGCCUGCAGCACAUGCAUAAGAUGUAUAUCCUCCAUCUGGACCUAAAGCCAGAGAAUAUUCUAUGUGUGAGCAGAAUCACAAAUAAAGUCAAGAUCAUCGACUUUGGACUUGCCAGAAUAUACAAGCCCAGGGAAAAGUUACGAGUGAAUUUCGGCACCCCAGAGUUUCUGGCUCCCGAAGUUGUCAACUAUGACUUUGUGUCAUUCAACACUGACAUGUGGAGCCUGGGAGUCAUUACAUAUAUGCUUCUCAGCGGUCUGUGUCCCUUCCUUGGUGAUGAUGACAAUGAGACUAUGAACAAUAUCCUAGCCUGCCGGUGGAACUUUGAAGAGGCUGAAUUUACAGACAUCUCAGAGGAGGCCAGAGAUUUCAUCUCCAAACUACUCGUCGUCAAUAAAAAUUGGAGGAUGGGUGCCUCUGAAGCCUUGAGACAUUCUUGGUUGUCUGACCCAGUCCUCCAUCACCGUCUUCAUGAAAAGAAAAACAUGUGUAACCGCUCACGCCGGUCUUCAUGUGCACCUAUCACGGACAGUUGAGCAUGAAGACUUGACGGCGCCAGCUGUGGCCACUUGGACCAAGCCUGCCUUAUAUCAGCUGUAUAUCUAGCGGAGCUUACCUGUGUAAACACCUGCAGAACUACACCUGUAGAUCUAUUAGAGCUUAACCGUCUGUAAGAUUUAGACCUGUUGGAACCUUCCUGUCUGUAAAGUUUAGAUCUAUUGGAGCUUAACGGUCUGUAAGGGUUAGACCUGUUGGAACUUUCCUGUCUGUAAAGUUUAGAUCUAUUGGAGCUUAACGGUCCGUAAGGGUUAGACCUGUUGGAACUUUCCUGUCUGUAAAGUUUAGAUCUAUUGGAGCUUAACGGUCUGUAAGAUUUAGACCUGUUGGAAUUUUCCUGUCUGUAAAGUUUAGAUCUUUUGGAGUGUAACCGUCUGUUAGAUUUAGACCUGUUGGAGCUUAAUGGUCUGUAAGAUUUAGACCUUUUGGAGCUUAACUGUGUAAGAUUUAGACCUUUUAGAGCUUAACUGUCUGUAAGAUUUAGACCUUUUGGAACUUUACUGUGUGUAAGAUAUAAACCUGUUGUAGAAUCACUGGAGUUUACUACUUUAACAUUUGUAAAACCUCAGCCUGUAAUAGUACACUUUUUUUUUUUUGGAGCUAACCUGUCUGUAGUAUAACUAUCAGAGCUGUGUGAUGGAUGGACAAUACAUGUUUCUAGGUAUAAGUCAACAAUUAGGCAAAGUUAAUUGACUGUCAUACCUUUAGUCAAGUACUGUGAAAGUACUCUUCCCUGGAGGGUGUAAUGAAACCUGUUAUGCUACAUACUAUGUUAAUCAUCUACAUAACAUAGUAUGACACCAAAACACUAAAACUUGGUUUAAUUUGGUCAGGAAACUAGAUUCUUGAAAGUGUUUAGCUUCCUACUCACACAGCUUCACUGUUCUGUCAUGAGGGAAUCUAUUUUGACUUGCUCUAUUUCCGUAUCAGUUAUUCACAAUGCACCUCAAGGUUUAUGCUGUGAUGUGACACUGUCGCUGCUGUCUUGUUCAUUUUGUUUUGAAGAGUUCCAUAUUCAGUACUGUACCCCACCUUUCCUCUGGCUGUGUGUGUAUGUAAACCGAGGGAUUCCUCCCGUUUUAACUUGACUGAUCAACAAAUGUUGUGUUUGUAGAUAGUUUUUUUUUUUUGUAUUUGUUGUAAAUAUUAUAGUACAUAGUUAUAGCAUAUAGAGAUCAAAUUAUUGAGCUGCAUUUGGGAUUAACAAACUGUAGCACAGCCUAACUGGGUAUUUUUGUAGCGGCGCAUGCUCUUGAAUGUGACGUGCUGAAUCUUUGGAAAGCUGUGGAUUAAAUACACAAAAAAGGUAGUUCCGCCGCCACUGUGAUUUCUAAAAUAUGAUGUUUGCUUAAACCCUUGAAUGCAGACUUAUAUUAAUAUUUAACAGUUUUUCAGUGGCAUUAGUCUGAGAAGGCAUGGUUUAUCCUGUUUUUACUUUCUUAACAUUCAGUUGGUUGUUUUCAAUAGUUAUAUUGUAUGUUUCAUAAAGCAGUGUUUUUUUCUUAAAACAGACGGUAAAGAUUGUUCACAAAAAAUGUUAACAAGGUGAUUGGCUAAGUAAAGUAAAAAUGAACUCAUAAAAUCAAAGUCUGCAUCUAAGGGUUGAGUUCAUCAUACACACACUCACGAAAAGCCUACUUUCAAACAAGGUUAUUAAUACUGCAAAUGUUAUCUAUAUGUGUAUCUUCAUUAUAUUCUGUAUGUGCACUUUAUUGUUAUUUAUUAAAAUCAGAUUCAUUCAUCAUCUAGCUAAUUCUAGCAUUGAAGGACAAAUACUUUGUUGAAAGUUUUAUGUUUUUAUGCCUGUAGUUGUCUAUUAAUGGUUUAUUCAACUUUGUGUGUAUGAAAAAAAAUAUUUUUACUUUAUAUUAAAAUAUUCCAAGUCUUA